AUGGCUUCAAAAACCAAUCGGAGCCUGCUGAACGUGCUGACAAGAGCCGGUCGGCGUAGUGACGCCUUCCUGACUCACCUCAAUCGCGUACUGGCCUCCUCGGCAGGAGUGGAGGCAGUACUAUGCACCCUGUGCUAUACCUUGUACUUUGUCUACGCCCGCCUACUCCGGCUGCUGGAGCGUCGCUACGAGCGGGUAGCACUUGCGCUCGCAAGCAAAGCGUCAUCUUCGAUGCUCCCCAGCGAGACAGUCGUGGCCACCCUCGAGCCACCAAAGUCCUACCUGUCUGAAACAUGUGGAGGUAUCAAGGCCCUAGCCGACUUAACAGACGACUUCCGCUUCUUUACACGAUUAGGGGGACUAGUAACCAUCUACAGCUGGGCGCGGGACAACUACAUCAAACCUCCUGGCGAUGCUAUCCUCAAAUCAUUAGUCUGGUGUCAGGUUCUCAUGAGCACGAUUUUCCAAGUACUAGAGAAUGGAGCUUACCUAGCAAGCAAAGGCGUGCUACGCGGAGAGAAGUGGGAGCGCCGUCAGCCGAAAUGGUGGGUCUGGAGCAACAGGUUUUGGCUCAUGCAUGUAGGUCUGGAAGCGUUACGAUUACUGCGAGUCAGGCAGCUGCGAUACAACGAAGACUUUGGAGCCAAGGCCACCGACACUGAUGAUGGGCGAGUGACGACACAAAGCGUAGCACUCAAGAAGAAGUGGAAAGCGGAUUUCUAUGCUAAUGCUGGAUGGUUUCCACUCACACUGCAGUCGAGCUUCGAAGACCAGACACAUGGUCCUUUGAGUGAAACGUGGAUAGGUCUAUUCGGUAUGAUACCAGGUAUUGUGGCAUUGAAAGAUGUAUGGGAGCAGACGAGGGUGUGA